AUGAUGUUCCCAACAGCUGACAGACGUUGAAGCCUCCGCCAGAGCCUUCGGUGGAAGCUAGUGUGUAUCCUCUCGUCGGAAGCCCUCACGGACUGAAAAUACAAGCCUUGUCGGACCUAGCAGAAUUAUUCGACCCGGUUCACGGUCAAACACGCCGUUUUUUAAAUCAAAUAUCAUCCAGACUGCUUUUUUUCUUUCUUUCUUUUAAUUUUUUCCCAGACCGGGAGCUCGAGACAGUUGCUGUCAGCUAACUUCCUACGACAGGUCGCUGCGUCGCUGGACUGCUGCAUAUGUUUUAUUUGAGCUCAGCGGUUUGACCCCCCCACCCUCACCCCCUCCAGUCCUUCCAGCCGAGCCCAAUGCUGAGGAAUGGAUAGUGUGUCUACCAGAGGUGGGAGGAUGGUCGAGAGUGAUGAACAGCCGGAGAGGGGCAGCGGCGGCGGCGUGGCGACGGCCGCACUACAUCAGUGCGAACUCAUCCAGAACAUGAUUGAUAUCUCCAUCUCCAGUUUACAGGGGCUACGGACUAAGUGCGCCGCCUCCAACGACCUCACGCAGCAAGAAAUACGCACUUUAGAGGUGAAACUGAUGAAAUACAUCUGUAAACAGCUGCAGUGCAAGCACAAAGUGCCAGAGACAGACAGGCCAGAGGCCCUGGAGAGCUACCCACACUUGCGAGACUGGCUGCGUACCAUCAACCUGCGGACAGAGCUCAUCAAGGCAGUUGAAGCAAAGUUGUCCCUGGAUGCUCUACUUCAGAUGACAGACGUUCAGAUGAGAGACGCGAUGCGAAGACUUGGGUCCAGUUCAGAAGAAUGUACUAGACUCAGGUCUGCCCUCUCUUGCUUGAAGAGUGCUACGGAGUCAGGAGGAGAACUGAGGGAGGACGCCACCUACUGGUUAUCUGAGCCCACCAGGAGAGACAGUGGCUCCCUGCUGACCGCAGACCAACUCACCAACCUGGGAAUUCGUCCUCACAGCCCAUCGCCUCUCGCCCGCCCCUCUACCAUCCAGUCGACUCCAUCCACCCCAUGUGCUACCUUCCCCCACCCCCGCUCAGGCUCAGUAUCGUCAGUCCCCACCCCAGAGGCUCUGGCAUCAUACCUCCACAGUGAAAGCCCCCUCUCAGAUCCAUUCCCGCCACCUUUUCCCCGCGCAGCCUGGCUCCACGGACACGCCUCCACGCCCCCCGUGACUCCACCCUCAAAAAGACGGCACCGGCUAAAGCCUCCGUGCACCCCUCCACCUCCGUCGCGCAAGCUGCUGAAUCUGCUCCCCAACAUCACUUUGACGCGCAGCAAAAGCCACGAAUCCCAGCUGGGCAACCGCAUCGAGGACCCUCCCACCAACAAGGUUGGGAAAAAGAAUAAGCUGUUUCUGAAUAUGCAAGUCAACGGAAAUGGAUGUGAAGACUCCCCGUCUCGAUACCCCAUCGUGCCCGCACGGACCCCCGGAGCCACCCCCGCUCCUGCCACAGCACCUUACACCCUUCCAGGGACACCCACCCUGAUAGAGGAGCACAGCAUCAUUAAGAAUAACGUUGCCAUGCAUCGAAGCUCCCCACAAGCAGUGAGGAGAGACAUAGGUUUAGCAGUCACUCACAGAUUUUCAACCAAGUCGUGGUUGUCUCAGACUUGUCAAGUGUGCCAGAAGAACAUGAUGUUUGGAGUUAAGUGCAAACACUGUCGAUUAAAGUGCCACAACAAAUGCACAAAGGAAGCUCCGUCUUGCAGAAUAUCAUUUCUACCAAUUGCCAAAAUUCGGAGAACAGAGUCGGUCCCUUCUGACAUAAACAACCCCGUUGACCGGGCACUGGAUGCUCCGAUGUUUGGUACGCUGCCGAAGGCCAUUACAAAAAAGGAUCACCCUCCUGUGAUGAACCAGUUGGACUCCAGCAGCAACCCGUCCUCCACCACCUCAUCCACCCCUUCGUCCCCGGCCCCCUUUCAACAGAGCAACCCCCCAAGUGCCACUCCCCCGCCUAACCCCUCGCCUAAAGGCCAUCGGGACAGUCGCUUCAACUUCCCAGCUGCCUGUUAUUUUCAGCACAGACAGCAGUUUAUCUUCCCAGAUGUUUCCAGUCUUGCUAAUGUGUACGCCGAUGCACUCCAAGACACUGUUGGUGAGAAGGAGUAUUCGACGGAUGACAUCCAUUCUGAGCUGGUUGAAGAUGAGGAUGAAGAGCAAGCGGAGGAAGAUGAUGAGGCUGAAGAGGAAGACCCGGAGGCGGAGGAGGAGAACGAGGACGAAGACGAGGGAAAUGAGGAGCAAGGAGAGGAUGAGGACGACAGAGAGGAAGUCGGAAUGAAAAGGGUUUCGGACGGCGAGUGCGACGAGCUGGACGACCUGCCCAGCUCUCGGGGGAACCAGUGGAAGGGCCCCAUCUCCCGCAAGCCCAGUCAGACCAGUGUCUACCUGCAGGAGUGGGACAUUCCUUUUGAGCAGCUGGAUCUCGGAGAACUUAUCGGAAAGGGCCGCUGGGGGAAGGUACACAAGGGGAGGUGGCACGGCGAGGUAGCCAUUCGGCUUCUCGAGAUCGACGGCAACAAUCAGGAUCAUCUGAAGCUCUUUAAAAAGGAGGUGAUGAACUACAGACAGACCAGACACGAGAACGUGGUCCUGUUUAUGGGAGCCUGCAUGGCUCCACCACACCUAGCGAUCAUCACCAGCUUCUGCAAAGGGAGGACGCUGUACUCAGUAGUUCGAGACACUAAAAGCACCUUGGACAUUAACAAGACCAGACAAAUUGCUCAGGAGAUCGUAAAGGGAAUGGGCUACCUGCACGCCAAAGGUAUCGUUCACAAGGACUUAAAGUCAAAGAACGUUUUCCAUGACACCAAUAAAGUGGUGAUCACGGAUUUUGGGCUGUUCGGGAUCUCUGGAGUUGUUCAGGAAGGAAGGCGUGAGAAUAAAUUAAGACUUCCACAUGGUUGGAUUUGUUAUUUAGCUCCAGAAAUUGUGCAAAAGAUGAGUCCUGGAAACAACGAGGACCGCCUUCCUUUCUCCACAGCAGCUGACGUGUACGCCUUUGGAACAAUUUGGUAUGAGCUCCAAGCGAGAGACUGGCCAAUCACCAACCAGCCUGUGGAAGCCACCAUCUGGCAGGUUGGGAGUGGACAAGGGAUACGGAAAGUUUUAGCUGAAAUCAACCUGGGAAAGGAGGUCACGGAGAUCCUCUCUGCCUGCUGGGCGUUCGACCACAGAGACAGGCCAACGUUCACCCAGCUGGCCGACAUGCUGGAGAAGCUGCCCAAGCUUAACCGCAGACUGUCUCAUCCGGGACACUUCUGGAAGUCUGCAGAGUUGUAGCAGUCGCUCUGAAACAUAAGCAAAACAAAGCCCGAGUCUGCCUUGCAUGCUCCUGAAUCCUUAACUUUCACUGGAUCGAUCAAAGCAUUGCCUCUGCCUGAAACCGACGCCGCUCCCACUAAUCUGCAAUCUGAUUUUUCCACGUCUAACCAAUGAGUUUUCUCGGAGAGGAUCUGUGGACUGUAGAGGGGGGUGGGGGGGGGCGCAUCCGCCAUCACCCCCUUUUUCCAUUGGUUGCGUCUAAAAUCUCUUUGCCUUCCUUUGGUUGUGCGGUUUGAGUCGGGACGCUGUGAGGCUUGUGUCUACGCUACGGCGUGCUCCUUCUCUCUGUGCUGCUGCGAAGGCUCCUGACUACUUGAUGGUUUUAUCUAUUUAUUUAUUAUUUUUUUUUUGUCAUUUCCUGGAGGAAAAAAAAAAAAAUGGACCCAAUCCCGGACUUAAUUGACUUCAUCCCGCCGCGUCCCGCAGGUUUUUACUUUUUUUUGUUUUGUUUUUAAAGGCACGUGCUGAUAUGUUCACCAGCCUAUGCUAAGACACAAUAUGCACUUUUUUGAAAAGGACAAACUCAUAAUCGUAGAGACUUUUUCAGAAUAAUUUUCUAGUAACGGUCAUUUUUCUUUUGCAUUGUGACGUCUGCAAUAUUUCAUAGUUUCAGGUGAAUCUCGUGGAGGCUGGACUGUGUGAUGUGCUCACUCGUUUGUCGUCAUUUUACAGUACAAUCCAAUAGGUUGAUGUUUAUAGGAUGCUUUGGGAAAACAGGGAUACUGGUUAAGGUGUGUGAGAGCGCUCAACUAGACAGGUCAGAGAGAAAACAAAAGGUGACUAUGCCUAAAAACUAAAGAAUAAAACGCACUUUAAAAGUGCACAAAAUUUUACAUCUUUUCUUUGAAAGAAAUAUCUUGAUCUGGAACUAAAGUGUCCUAUAUCCUUCUUUAAGAGUACCUCUCUUGCACGCCUCUGUGCACAGCUUCAGUUGCCGUGCUCGUAUUUAUGUCUUUUUUUUAUUUUUUUGGUUGCUGUUGUGACUGGCUGUGGCACAGUGUUCAAUAAGUGUAAGGUUGCAGUAAAUGUGUUGCAAAUCCACUGGUAUGUAAUGUACAUACAUUAUUUACAUUACAUUAUUCAUUGACUAUUUCUAUGAAAAUUUUAUAUGUAAGUUACACCACAACAUUUUUACGUAGGUACUGAUAUGGCAUAGAAGAUGUGUAAAUAUAUAUAAGUAUAUUUAUAUUUUUUUCAUGUAGGAAAUACUGUAAAAAGGCUGUACAGAAUUUUUUAGAAUGGGCCAAGACAUGUUUUUUCUUUUUUUUUUUUUAUUUUAAUGUGAAAAAUUCAUAUUUUUGUAUUGCAUGUGACUGCCAUUCUGUAAGCAGUUUCUGUUUUCAUCCAUGGACAAUAAAACUGGCUUGUCAUGUA